ACAACACAACACAGAGAGCGAGAGAAAGGAGAGAACGUCGUCGUUUUGAACAGAAAAAAGAAAGGGAAAUCAAGCAAUUUGAGAUUGUAGACCAACGGAAGUGUAGGAUCCUCUCGCGAAAGUAACACAAUGGCGCAGGAUUCAGAAAAGAGGUUUCACUCGAUCAUGGAUAAGCUCUUUCAACCUCCUAAAUCCACACCAAGCUCCUCCAGUAGCUCAGCAGUUGAAUUGCCAAGAGGCAUAAAGCGACCGAAUCCAGAAUAUGCAUUAGCACUAGUGGAACCGAAAACCAUAGUGAAUAAGGUGGAGAAACACCAGCAUUCUUUGUCUCCAGCUGCAUCAUCUCAAGCCCCACUGUGUAGACCAUGGGACCGAGGAGAUCUUAUGAGGAGGCUUUCAACCUUCAAGUCUAUGACAUGGUUUGCCAAGCCUAAGGUUGUAAGUGCUUUAAAUUGUGCAAGGAGAGGUUGGGUCAAUGUGGACACAGAUACCAUAGCUUGUGAAUCUUGUGGAGCUCGUCUCCUUUUUUCUGCUCCAUCAUCUUGGACGCAGCAGCAAGUCGGGAAAGUGGCCUUGGUAUUUAGCUUAAAGUUAGACAAUGGACACAAAUUACUCUGCCCCUGGAUUGACAAUAUCUGUGAUGAAACACUGGCGCAGUUUCCUCCUACACCUCCUGCUGUUUUAGUUGACAAAUUUCGAGAACGUUCUUCUGCACUCUUACAAUUGUUAGCCCUUCCAGUCAUUUCAUCUUCUGCCAUUGAGUAUAUGAGAACCCCUCAAUUAGAAGAAUUUCUUAAACAGUCAUUAAUGCUGGAAUGUGAUGAUGGAUCUGCGAAGGCCUCUCAAAUAUAUUGCCUUGGCAGUGACUGUGAAGACAUUUCUGCUAACUUAUAUUAUCAGGCGCAAAAAAUCAUAAGCUUGUGUGGCUGGGAACCACGCUCACUUCCUUAUGUGGUUGUUCUUGAGGACAAAGUAAAUCAGUUUGUUAUUGAUGUUGAUGGACAAAAUCCAGGCAUUGAUGCUCACUCUGGUGGCAGCAAUGAAAUUGUUGAGUCAGCUGAAAACUCUGGGACUCAUAAGUCUGUUGUGUUGGAUUGCAAGCUUUGUGGUGCUAGUGUUGGAUUAUGGGCUUUUACUAUGGUUCCCCGUCCAGUAGAGUUUUUUAGAGUUGUGGGAUAUGCAGAUGUAAAUGGUGAAAAUAAUUCUGGAACUCAUCGUGCAGGAAAUGAAAAUCAUGAAGCUGUGAUGAGCACUUUCUCAAAUGGUGCACCAUCAUAUAAGGAUGCUUCACCCAAUCUAAAUCUGACAAUUGCAGGGGGUCCACCACCAACAAAACAGAACUUUAAAGCAACAAUUUCUUUACCGCUUAUUGGUCGAGCUUUAAGGGCUAAGUUCUCAAAUGAUUCUGAUUUUAAAGAUAGUAUAUAUGGCAAACAAGAAGAAAUUCAACCUGGAUCUAAGAAUAGUAAUUUGCCUACAGAGGGAUUAGACAGCACAGAACACAAUCAUACAGGACAAGUUGUUCAGACGGAAGAGAUGGGGUUGUCGAAGAGUAAACAACAUGAGCAGGGAACAGAUAGUUCUUCAAAUGAUGAACAACCCCCUGGUUUGAAUCAUAGCACUGGUGAAAAAGAUGAUGCUCUUGGAAAGGAGAAUAGCAAUCAUAUGCCAGUGGAAGGAACAAGUGUCACCCAACGAGCCACAUUUUCUGAAACUGCAAAUGUUGAUCCAUCAGGAGGGGACUCUGGUGGCUCUGAAUCUAGUGAUCUUUCUAUUAGAACUCAGGAUGCUAAUUUGACUAUUGCUAAUGGGGAACAUAGCAAAAAUGAGAGAUCAUUGAUGAUUACAUCUGCCAAUGCAGAUGUUUCUAGAAGUACAGGAAAUGAUCCUAAACAAUUAGAAAUUAGUGCAAUGAAAUUUGAUCCAAUAAGGCAGCACAGAUAUUUUUGCCCCUGGAUUGUAUCAACAGAUAGUGGAUCACCUGGAUGGCAACGAACACUAUCUGCUUUAUGUCGUGCGAAAGACUGUACUCAUCCAUCACUGGCAAAUUCUCCUCCAUCUACCUCUGUGAUUAAGGUUGAUGAUCCCAUCACCUCAGUUAGAAAGCUUUUCGAGUCUCCAGUUACAAAAAGAUCGAAGCCCAGUCAUUAAGCAAGCUGAAAUAUGUGCUGCACAUCUGUGCUAGUGGAAAUCAACGAGUUGCCAAAUAUCUCCGGGUGAAAAUCAAUGAGUUGCCAAGUAUCUCUGGGAUGACACUCCUGUCUUCUCUUAUCUGGUAGGUUGUGAUGCCCUUAGAGAUGUAUUUCUCCGUGUCGGUAUCUCAGUUGAAAAUGAAACCCCUAGAAGUUUUGUAUCUACUGUUGCAAGGAAAAAGUUUUGGCAGAAUGGUUUUGUGUUUAUUACAAUAUCAUUGUGAAUUUCGUUUUUCAUUUUUCACCUUGUCCUAUAUGCUAUGUUGUAAAAUAUUGUCACAAGAUUUUUUUUUUUAUUCCGGAGGGCAAUAUAAUUUUGUAUGAAA